AUGAGCACUCCGAUUCAAGAGCCCGCUCUCAAGGGCCAGGAGCAUCCCAUGGAUACCCCCAAGAGGUUCGACCAAGACACCUUGGCCGCCCUCCAGGAGGUUCGCGGAUCGUCGUCAGGUUCCACCACCCCUGACCAAACACGGCCUUCCAGCCUCUCCUUCCCUCCCCGGCCGUACAUGCCCAGCCGAUCUCCUUCUGAGUUCAAGUCUCGCUCACGGCCGGCAUCGAUUGCUGCCUCACGGCACUCUUUCAUGGGUGACUAUGAUGCUCAAGAUCCCGCCAUGAUUGCCAAGUAUGUCUCUCGACGGGCAACUCUCCUUGGAUGGUUUGACGAACCUGUUGAGACAUCCGUUGUCAAUGGACUCUCCCUUACCGGCGUCGCCGUCAAGAACGAGGAGAGCUACGUCUUCCAACCCGCCGAUGUCGAUCCCCUUCUUGCAUCUGUCGUGUCCAAGCUCGACGCCGAGGCAGUCAUGUCCAUCUCCUCGGAGAUGCUGAUCAGCAUCAUCGACUCCAUCCCCCCUACCCAGAGAUCGCUCGUCUCUGAUGCAACCGGCGCCCGCAUCCCUGUCGUGCCCUCACUCGAAGAUGUAACCCCUGAGAUGUGCCACUACUCACGUGCCUGCAUUGCUCUCCAGGAGCGUGUUGUCAUCGUCUGGUCACAGGACCCAAAGGCCAUUAUCAACGUGACCAACCACGUGCAGCGGGAGAUUCUUGAUAUGGCCCAAACCACUCUCGAGGAAGACCCCAUCAACGGACGGACCCCUUCGAGCUUCACCCAACGCUCCUCCAGCACUGCACCUGUCCCUACUCCUGCCCUCGUUCGUGGUGGACUCGAUGAGAAGAAUGAAGUUUUUCAGCGAGCCGUCGCCCUCGAGGAAAACGAAGAUGAGAACGGUGACGUUGAGGGUGCACCUAUCCGACCCAAACUCAAGAUGCAUGCCUUCAAGAUCAGCCUGGCUAUCAUGUUGGUCAUCAUCACUCAGUCUUUGGGUAUCACCAAGUUGCUGAACGAGUACUUCUGGGACGGUCGCGUAGCCCGUUUCGGCCUCGUCGCUACCAUUCCUCCCCUGACCCUCUUCUCCCUCUUCUUCUUCAUCGUUCUCGUCACCAGUCUGUUCCAGCUCUUCCUCCCCGUGAGCAACUGCCUGAAGAACUCCCGCUUCCACUCCGCCAUCAAGCCCAACCCCAAGCGACACCGCGACUAUGAGCUGCCUCACAUCACUAUCCAGAUGCCUGUCUACAAGGAAGGUCUGAAGGGUGUGAUUGUUCCUACGAUGAUCAGUGUCAUGGCUGCCAUCGAGUACUACGAGCAGCAGGGUGGUACUGCGUCUGUCUUCAUCAACGACGACGGCAUGCAACUCAUCCAGCCUGAUCUAGCUGAGGCUCGCAAGGCUUACUACCGCGAGAACGACAUCGGCUACACUGCCCGUUUGCCCAACUGCAAAGCCCCUAAGAAGAAGGGCGGCCUGCUGUCCUGGUUCCGCAAGUCCGAGAAGUCAGUCGGAGAUGACGCUGAAAAAGAGUGGUCGCAGAUGUCGCCUCAGGAACGCUCCAACAAGAUCGGUUUCCUGCGCAAGGGCAAGUUCAAGAAGGCCAGCAACAUGAACUACGGUCUUGCCUUUUCCAACCGCGUUGAGGAUGAGAUGGUCCGCUUGACUCAGAUUGAGUGCGAGCAACGUGGAUGCACCGAGACAGACUUGACUGUCGAUGAUGACGACCUACUGUACCAACAGGCCUUGGCCAACAUGCUGGCUGAGGAUGAUGGCCGUACUUGGGCUGAGGGCAACAUUCGUAUCGGCGAGCUCAUCUUGAUCAUCGACUGUGACACACGAGUUCCUGUUGAUUCUCUCUACUACGGUGCCUUGGAGAUGCACGAGAGCCCUGAGGUCGCCAUCCUCCAGCACGGGUCCGGUGUCAUGCAGGUAGUCCACAACACCUUUGAGAACGGCAUCACCUACUUCACCAACGUCGUCUACACGGCCAUUAAGUACGGUGUCGGCUCUGGCGAUGUCUCUCCAUUCGUGGGUCACAAUGCCUUCCUCCGUUGGAAAGCGAUGCAAAGUAUCGCCUUUGUUGAUACUGAUGGCCAGACCAAGUGGUGGUCCGACUCUCACGUUUCAGAAGACUUUGACAUCAGUCUUCGCGUCCAAAUGGCAGGCAUGAUUGUUCGUCUUGCUACGUACCAUAACGGCGGCUUCAAAGAAGGUGUCUCUCUCACGCUGUAUGAUGAGUUGACGCGCUGGGAGAAGUACGCCUAUGGUUGCAACGAGCUUGUUUUCCACCCAUUCUAUCAAUGGUUCUACAAGGGCCCUGUAACCAGAUUGUUUCUUCGCUUCCUCUGGAGCAACAUGCCCAUCACGAGCAAGGUCACGAUUACUGCCUACAUCUUCACCUACUAUGCCAUUGCCUCCGGUCUCUUCCUGACAACUGCCAACUACAUCAUCAUUGGACUUUUCCCUGAUGAGCUCGACCACCUGUACAUGCCCUCCUGGGGCAUCUGGCUGUCCCUCGUUGUCGUCUUCAACGGCCUCGGUUCCCUUGCCUUCAGCAUGGUUCGCCAUCAGUUGAAGGAAGAGGUCUUCUGGCGCGCUCUCCUCCAGGCCAUCAAGUGGCUUCCCUUUCUCAUCAUCUACUUUGGUGGUAUCAGCCUGAACUGCGCCAAAGCUCUCAUCUGCCACGCCUUCAGCAUCAACAUCGAGUGGGCCUCUACCGCCAAGGAGCCUGGACCCAGUGGUUUCUUCAUUGGCCUCGAUAAGAUGAUCGAGAGCUUCAAGUAUACCUGGCUUAUUUGCAUUGCCUUGGCGGCCAUGAUGAUCUACUUUGCAGUUGGCGCACCUUGGGGAUACACGAUUACUCCUGGGCCUCAUUCUACUGCCAUGGUUGCUAUUGUGCCCCUGGCUAUUCAGAUCUCUAGCGCCUUCUUCUUGCCUCUCACACUUGGCUUGAACUGA